AUGUUCAGCAACAACAAGAUCUUCGCGCUCUGCUUCGCCGUCUUAGCUCUCUCCAACAGUGCGCAUGCCGAGAAGCAAGUGGCCGAGACGUUCGGACUACUCGGUGUCCCUGGUGUCGGUGUGGGUGUUCCGGGAGUCGCUAGUGUCGGAGUGGGCGGCCCCGGUUACGUCGGCCCAGGCGUUAGUGUCGGCGUACCGGGCGUUGCUAGCGUCGGUGUCGGUGUACCUGGUGUGGGUGUAAAUGGCGUUGGCGUGGGCGUGAAUGGCGUCGGUGUUGGUGUAGGCGUCCCAGGUGUCGCUAGUGUGGGUGUGGGUGCUGCUCCUGUUGUCGGAGUGAAUGGUGUUCAUGUUGGUGCACCUGCCACCGUUGUGCACGACGGGGUUGACGUCGGCGUUGGUACCGGCGGCAACGGCAACGGCUACUCGAGCAAGACUGUGAGCGUGACGAGCAAUGAUGGUGCCAACACUGCGAAGACGUCGACCGGCACGGGUGGUGCGUCUGCGAGCGCCACCGCGAGCGCAUCGGCGAACGCCAACUCGAACCCGAAUGCCGGUGCGAAGGUUGGAACCGGCGGCACGAGUGCCACGUCUCAGAAGGCGUACCGCAAACUCCGUUCGGAGGAGUGAACGAACGAAAGAGCUCAUCUAGGCAUCUUGAAGCAAGACAGGAAGCUGAAGGAGCUGUAGCGUAUCCUUUGUCGAUUAGUGUAGUGUCUUGUCGUUUGGUUUUGCGAAUACAAGUUUUGCUG